AUCUUGUCGACCACUGUAGGCAUUUUUACUAUCCUCAUAUGCUGCUCGACAUAUCUUCUAUGCCAAAAAAAACUGACUUCACGGGUCAAUCUAGCAAUGUUGAUCAUUACUUUAUCAAUAUUCCUAGCAUCGACUCUUGCUUGGGCACUUGUUUUCAUGAUCAUCAUCGAAUCAACACAAGAACUGUUCAUUCUUCAUUCAAACCAACUGUUCCAGAAUAAGGUCUUCAAAAUCAAUAAAGACAACAUGAAUGUUAACAUCAUAGAAUCAUUUAUGCAGCAAAUCAAUUUCUUUCUAGGAGAUGGAAUUGUGGUUUGGAGAGCAUGGACAUUAUGGCAGAAGAGAAAAGUCAUGGCUCUUCCUUUGAGUCUUUUAUUGAUUUCUGCUAUAACUUCCAUUGCCUCUCUUGUGCUCAUCACUGUAUCCCUUCUUCAACAAUCACCACAGCUGCUUAAUAUUUUUGGCAUCACUCAAGUAACAGUGUGGGGUUUAGAGCUUAUGAUAAAUCUUAGCUCAACUUUGCUUAUAGCAUAUCAAGCUUGGGCAUAUAGGCAAUCUAUCAAAGCUCAUCUUUCAAAACAUAAAAAAACUAGAGUUGAAAGAAUUCUAGCUCUGCUAAUUGAAUCAGGUUUUAUAUACUGUGGAUUAUGGAUUAUACUUAUUGCCUUGAAUUUUAAUGCUCCUGACAAUUACAACUUUAUUAUAGCUAGCAGUAUGCAUCUUGCAGGCAUUUAUCCAACCUCAAUAGUAAUAUUGGUCACUAUUGAUAGCACAAUGGUAGAGAUGUCAAGAAUCCCUACACCUGUAGCUCAGGACCUAGCUGAGGGCACACCGGGCAGUGAUACUAUGCAAAUUAUGCCUGAGAUGUAA